UGGUUUCGGGGGGGAACUUGUCGGAGAGGAAGCUUCAAGCCGGGACAUCCUCCCUUCCCGUCGGCGGCCCCUGAGCCUCUCUGCGGGUUCCCGCCGCCGGCUGUGUCCUCAGCGGGGAGUGCGAGUUGCAGGGCUCCGUUGGCCUCUCCUACCGUUCAAGUGCCUUGGCAGACCCCGCUGCUUCUCCUCUGGGAGUCCUCCCCUCCGCCGCCGCGGGACCGAAGUGGGUGACUCAGAGACGCUUGAGUCCCCGCGCGGCUGCCCCGCUUCUUCUCCACCCUGGCCCACGGGCAUCCUGCGGGGAGCGAAGGGGAAGGACACGCUCGCACCGGCCGAAGUUUCCCCCGCCUGACGGUGGAGCGCGGGCGGGGGCACUCGGGGCGGGAGCGGGGGCUGGCAGAAACCGUGCUGUCCGCGUUCCCCGUGACAGUGGUUUCAGACGUAAAACGCUUCAUAAAGUGGCAACCCCGGCCUCGAACUGUUAGUCAGGUAAUGGAGAGAUUCUCCAGAUUGUGUCAAGCUAUGUCUUACAGACAACUAUGACAACUAAAACUGAUGGCAAUGAUGGCAAGGCUGAACACCUAGAAUAUAUUGCCUUUGCACUGGUUCCUGUUUUCUUCAUCAUGGGUCUCUUGGGGAUCCUCAUCUGUCAUAUCCUUAAGAAAAAAGGAUAUCGUUGUACAACAGAGGCUGAAGAAGUAGAAGAUGAAAAAAUAUCUGAUGAAAAAAUAGAAAUGAAUGAAACUAUACAUGAGAAUAGCGACACUGUGGGACAAAUUGUUAACUACAUUAUGAAAAAUGAAGCAAAUGCUGAUGUGUUAAAGGCCAUGGUAGCAGAUAGCAGUGUCUUUGAACCUGAAAGCCCUUUAUGUCCUGCCUCUCCUGGGAGUCCAACGAGUCCAGGAUCUCCUUUGUCACCUGGUGUUGUUCCAUUUAAACACAGCUGCAAAGGCCAUCACUUCCAUACCGUUGGAGGAGUAGUAGAAAAGGAUGUUUGUACUCGUUGUAGCCACAAACGAUGGCACCUUAUAAAGCCAGCUCACAAAUCUAAAGAGCAUAGAAGAAGUCGUCUUGGAGAAGUUACAGUCCUUUCUGUGGGAAGAUUUAGAGUCACAAAAGUGGAGCACAAAUCAAAUUCCAAAGAUCGGAAAAGCUUAAUGUCUGUGGCUGGUGUGGAGAGCAUCAAUGGGGAGAUGCCUGCCACACCUGCAAAAGGGGAAGCGAGUGAAGGACCUGCUGUGCCUUUGAAACAGGAGAUGCAAGAGAGAAGAAGCUCGGAGUAAACUGCAGGUGGAACUUUUAGAAGAAACUUGUCUGAUAGCACUUUGGAGAAAACUGAAAACUCCCAAGAGAUGCAUACUAUUUAAGGAAGUGUAUUUAUGGCACUGUAGCAUUUUACAAGUUCUGUGAUGGCAUUUGUGCAAGGUUAAACACUUCAUGGUUUUUCACCAGUAAAAUUAUUAAGAUGUAGACACUCAAAUGCUGUUGAGCUGUAUGGACUUCUACCAAAUGUUGGGCUUCAUCUUGGAAAGAAAUAAUACAUGCAAGUUUUUGAAUGGGAAAGGUAAAAAAGCCUUAUCAAGUAAUAUUUUUUUUUUCCUAUGUAAGCAUUUUUAAUGAGCUCAAUAUUACAAGUAAUAUGAUUACUUUGUAGAUAAACUGUUUUUAUUCUUCUGGCCCAUCUGGAUUUUGCUCUUCUGUUCGUCCCCUCCAAAAUUGAUAAGUAUUUGCUGAAGAUAAAAGCCAGCCUUUGGAAAGUGAAAAUACUCUUUUAAUCUAACUGCUAGUAGCCAAGCAAAACAUACAAGGACAUAAUUAUGUCAGCCAAAAUCUGUAUCUGUGCCUUUAGUACAUAAGCCCUUGGACUCUGUGAAGGGCAUUUUGCAAUACAGAGUGGUUCAGCUAUAUACAGAUGUUAAAUUGUCUUCCCCUUACCUUACCUUUCCCCCAUACUACUUAACAAAGGCUAAAGAGCAUCUUUUUCUACGCAGUUGGGGGAGCUCUUGGGAAGGUGUCUUCCUCAAGGCCUCUUGUUCUCCUGUUUUCUUGUAACUACUCACUUGUAGUUGAAGAAUACCUAACAGUUUUGCCUUUCUUUUAUUUUUUUGUUUUUACCCACAGGUUCCUUAUUAAGCUAAGGGAACAUAUUUCAACCAUUAGAUAAGAUUAUGGAAUAUUUUGCAUUAAAAAUUUAUGGAGUAGAUACUUAAGUACUUCAGAGUGGCUUUAUUGGACUGAGGGUAGCUGUUUUCCUUGGCAGCAAAAUCUUAAGCCACUGUCACUCCCAUAAUAUUUUAAAUGUGACUUACUGCUAAAAAUACCAAGUGAUGGUUUUGUGAUGUUAAUUCUUUGUAUCUGUUUAUGGUCUCUGCUUUGACCUGUUAUUUGUUUUUGGGAGGGAAAUCUUUGCAAUACUCAAGUAAAUGUUGCUGUAAUAGAAACUGAAAAAAUAACAUUUGUUCCAAGUGCCUAAGAGUAUAAGCUCUAAUGUAAUGCCUUGUAGUGGAGAUUGCACUGUAUUCUGAGAACUAUGAAAGUAACUUAAUCUGAUUUAUGAACUCAGUGAAAACAAGUGUUUGUUUUGGAAUUGAUUUCUUCUACAUUGAUACUUCAAGUGCUUUAAACUGUGUUUCUACUUCAUAUCUGAGAAUCUGAUUUCUUCAUCGUUUGUUGCAGUGUUAACAAUCAAUUUGUACAAAGAAAUUAAUCUUCUUGCUUAGGUAUUAGAGACUCCCACGUCUUGUUGGGGAAACAUCAAAUUUAUUUCGCUGUUGCUAAAAGUAUAUUCUGCUGAUGAUCUUCCUUCUACUUAUAUCAAGACUGGAUAUAUAUACUUUUCACUGAUGCUGUAUUUGCCAAAAAAACCCCCAAAUACGAAAGCUUUAAAAAGAAGAAAUGAUUUAUUGUUCCUUUUAAAAUUGAUAUUUUCAGAGGUAAUUGUCUAUCCUCAAGAACCCGAAGUAACUGUUUGGACAGAAGUGCAAAGUCAGUGUUUAGCAUCUCUGCUCCCAUUAAUUUAAACCUGGCUUUUGAAAUCUCUUUAAGUAUGACAUAAAAACCAAGCUCACCUUACAGGUAUACAUUUAGCAUACACUAUUUUUUUUUUUUUCUCCUUCAAGUUUCACUUGAUCAUUUAUAUGGAGACUUAAUGUUUUUAAAGGAGUUUAAUUAGUAUUAGUGGUAGUAGUUAGCUUUUCUUUUCCAAGAAAUUGAGAACUAUGAGUGUAAAAUACUACUUGAAAAAGGGACUAUUGGGCAAAACCAAGCACUUAAAUAAUUUUCAGAAAGGAGACACAGUUACAGACUGUUGCAAAAGCCUUUUUUUUUUUUAAAUUAAAAAAAAGGGUGUUUAUAUUGAUAAUACUGUGUUUUGAUACAUGGUGGGUUAGUACUGCAAGCAAACUUGCCAAAAUCGUGGAAUGAAGUUUAAACAGAAAUAGGUAUUUUUUUACUUAAUUUAAAAGUACUUUCUAUUUUGAUUCUAAUGGAAAUAUGUAAAAUAAAAGAAAUUAAAAUGUAUUGGUUAUGUAAAACAUUGUUUGCCUGUACCAAGUACUUAUAUAAGGUAUUGUAAGACCUCAUGUGCAACAAUUGAACUUGUGCAUUACUACUUCAGUAAGAGGAUGUAGAAACUGCCUGUUUCAUUGCAUUUAACACUACACUCCGCUGUUUUGUAAUGGUAUGGAUAUCGCCAUAUUAAUCAGCCUUUAUUAAAUUUGCCUGUGUUUUUAACAAAUUGUUUUUUAUCCAACUUUUGUACUAUUAAGCAGUAAAUAAAACAUACCUAUUCUUCA